UAUUUAGAAAAUAUGAAAUUGCAAAAUAAUGAUUGAAGUGAGACAUAAAAGGAAAAAUAAAAAGAAGAGAAAGAAUAGAAAGAAUAGAAACCACAAACCACAUGGUGUUUUUUUCGUCCAUUAUUGACUAAAGCUUAGCUCACAUUUUCUCUCACACUACAACUACAAACUCUUUCUCUCUUCCUCCAUCUUCCACUCUCUCCCCCUUCUCAGAUCUGAUCCUGAAACUCUGAUUCACUCUUCUCUCCUGCUUCAUCUUAAACCAUGUACGGCCGAGAUCCAUGGGGUGGUCCACUGGAGAUCCAUGCCACGGAUUCCGCCACAGACGACGAUCGUAGUCGGAAUUUGAACGAUCUAGACCGUGCGGCUCUUUCACGGCCUCUCGAUGAGACGCAGCAGAGCUGGCUUCUUGGUCCAACGGAGCAGAAGAAGAAGAAGUAUGUCGAUCUCGGCUGUAUAAUCGUUAGCCGCAAGAUUUUCGUCUGGACUGUCGGUACUAUCGUCGCCGCCGCUUUACUCGCCGGAUUCAUCACCUUGAUCGUCAAAACUGUGCCGCGUAACCACCACAAGAAUCCGCCGCCGGAUAAUUACACACUCGCACUUCACAAAGCCCUCAAGUUCUUCAAUGCUCAGAAAUCUGGGAAAUUACCGAGGCACAAUAACGUAUCGUGGAGAGGCAAUUCUGGUCUUCAAGAUGGGAAAGGUGACGCAAGCUUCUACAAAGAUCUGGUUGGAGGUUAUUAUGAUGCUGGAGAUACUAUCAAGUUCAAUUUCCCCAUGGCUUAUGCUAUGACAAUGUUGAGCUGGAGUGUGAUUGAAUACAGUGCUAAAUACGAAGCAGCAGGAGAGCUUGUUCAUGUUAAGGAGCUCAUAAAAUGGGGAACUGAUUACUUCCUCAAGACCUUUAAUAGUACUGCUGAUUCAAUCAAUGAUAUGGUGUCACAGGUCGGAUCUGGAAACACCGACGACGGAAAUACGGAUCCAAAUGAUCAUUACUGUUGGAUGCGGCCUGAGGACAUGGAUUACAAAAGGCCUGUGACUACGUGUAAUGGCGCCUGCUCGGAUCUGGCCGCGGAGACGGCAGCUGCUCUGGCCUCAGCGUCAAUUGUCUUCAAGGACAACAGAGAGUAUUCUAAGAAGCUUGUCCAUGGUGCUAAGACGGUGUAUCAGUUUGCAAGGAGUAAGAGAGGCAGAUACAGUGCAGGCGCUGCGGAAUCAGCCAAGUUCUAUAACUCAAGCAUGUAUUGGGAUGAGUUUAUCUGGGGUGGUACUUGGAUGUACUAUGCUACAGGAAACGUAUCAUAUCUUGAACUAAUCACUAAACCCACUAUGGCUAAGCAUGCUGGUGCCUUCUGGGGUGGUCCUUUCUAUGGUGUGUUUAGCUGGGACAACAAGCUUGCUGGUGCUCAGUUGCUGUUGAGCCGAUUGAGGUUGUUCUUGAGUCCUGGAUAUCCAUAUGAAGAAAUUCUAAGCACCUUUCACAAUCAGACCAACAUAGUCAUGUGCUCAUACUUACCUUAUUUCAACAAAUUUAACAGAACCAGGGGAGGUUUGAUAGAGCUGAAUCAUGGAGACCCACAGCCUCUGCAGUAUGCUGCCAAUGCAGCUUUCUUAGCGACGCUGUAUAGUGAUUAUCUGGAUGCUGCUGAUACUCCUGGAUGGAACUGUGGGCCUAAUUUCUAUUCAAACAAUGUCUUACGCGAGUUUGCAAGAACUCAGAUUGAUUACAUUCUCGGUAAAAACCCUCGGAAUAUGAGUUAUCUGGUGGGUUUUGGCACAAAUUACCCGAAACACGUGCAUCACAGAGGAGCUUCGAUUCCCAAGAACAAAGUGAAAUAUAACUGCAAAGGAGGAUGGAAAUGGAGAGACAGCAAGAAACCAAACCCGAACACGAUUGAAGGAGCCAUGGUUGCUGGUCCUGACAAGCGCGACGGGUUCCGCGAUGUUCGUAUGAACUACAACUACACUGAACCGACUCUUGCUGGAAAUGCUGGCCUGGUCGCAGCUCUAGUGGCAUUGUCGUCGGGUGAAGAAGAGGCCUCUCGUACUAUAGACAAAAACACUAUUUUCUCCGCUGUGCCUCCGUUGUUCCCGACUCCGCCGCCGCCACCAGCUCCAUGGAGGCCGUGAAAAGGCUAGUCACUGUGUGGUUAUGUUCCUGCGCCCAGAAGGUUAGAUAUGGGCUCCUCUAAACACAAGUCAACCAUAAACAACUACUAAGGAUUUCAUUUGGCUUUACUAGAUGCAAACCCUGUGUGGGUAGCUUACGACGAGCAUUUUGUUUUUGUUUUUGUUUUUUUUUCUCUUGUUUUGGGUUGCCCUUUUGUUCUUGUGAGAUAUAUCAUAUAUCUAUGCGUUUUACUCUGUAUAUGUUUGAUACCAACUUGUAUUCUUUCAAAAACAAUCGAAUGAACGUCUUAAACUUAGAAAGUUUCAUGUCCAGUUUUAUGCUU